GGUCUUUCCAAGGCCAUGUGACCCGUUCUACGGCAUUGAUGUGGCCCAGGUAUUCCGACUGUCGUCGGUGAAGGUAAUGAAAAAAGAAAGUUUUCAGAUAACAUGUCAGGACACAUCCAGUCUGAUUCAACCAGCUUUACUUCUGGUAUGCAAGGAAUGGAAGCUAAUGUUCCACAUUCUUCAAGACGCCCAAAUGCUCGAGAACAAAAUGACAGCUUUAACGACUCCCAGUCUGGCCGGGGCUCUGUCAUAAUCAGUGGCUCCAACAACAUCCACGUGGGCAGCAACAUCUCGCUGGGGGUGCAGAAGCAGACGCGCCGGGUCCGGCCGAGGACAGUGCCACCGGAUGUGGCAGCGUUGUUCCGGUGCACAACGAUGGUGACGGACCGUCAGCUGAUGACGGCGUCCCGCUACACGGGUGCCGCCUGGCGGGAUGUGGCGCGACGGCUCGGGUUCCUGGCCGGCGAGACGGACCAGUUCGAGUUCCGGGUGGACAGUCUUCGCGAGGCUUGCUUCCGAAUGUUCAGAGCGUGGCGAGAGAAGGAAUCGUCCGGUGCCACCGUGGAGAAAUUAGUGAAGGCCUUGUGGGACGAAGGAGCUUAUGAUGUUGUCCUCAAACUGCCGGAGGCGUCUAGCUCGAAGGAGGUGUAUGCUGCGAAAUGUCCGUAAAUGGCUGUGAGUGGCAAACAAGAUAUUUCCAGUGCCAAAUGAAGUCUAAGAAUAUUUUGUCAAGAACAUAGAUGGGUCUUGAGCCUUAUGGGACUGCGUGUUGUGGCUGUUGUGGCCUUUCGGAUGAGAUUUGUUUUGGAUGGUCGCUGUUGACGUGGAGGAAUUUGAGCGAUUGUGUGCAAGUAUUCUCACGUCAUUUCACAUGCACCGUGCCUGUUUUACUGUGGGACCAUGCCAAACAUUGUACAAAAACCUGUGCGAACAUGAUGCAAACUCAUCCAUUUUACUAGCAGUGACUUUCCAGUGAAGUAGCCAGAAUUUCGACCAGGAGGAGACCAAAACUGGUUGUAGGGGCAUUUUCAGCCAAGGGAGACCCCCUACGUCGCUGUAGGGCUCUGAUUUUUCCGGAGCCAUUUUAGGACGGGAUCCAGGCUCGUUCAAACGGCCGGAGGUCCGUUUGAUUAAGUGUAAAAACCCUUGCGGGCGUCUUUAAACGUCGACAAGUACUGUCAUUUUCGGCCUGGAGGGGUCCCACAGCUUCCAGGGGGGGGGGGGGG